GGCCUGUGGAUUGUAUAUCGAAGUAAGUGCAAGUAGAGAGCUCCCCCCUAACGUCGUCUUCACGCACUCGAUAUCUUGGCCCCUCGCUGACUGCCAACAUGUAUAGACUAACGACUAUCUUGAUCACGCUAUGCACGAUUUUCUUCACCGUUCUGGCUGCGCCAUUACGGCUCGAUAGAACUACGACAGAAUCACUUGAAAAGCGCAUCACACACUCAGGCGAGGGUACCUGGUUUGAAGUUGGCACAGGAGCCUGCGGAUAUACGGAUACAGAUAGUGAUCCAAUAGUCGCUAUAUCUGCCGAGAUAUAUGACAGUGGAGGAAACUGCAAUCAGUGGAUCCACAUCACCAACACCGACAACGGACAGAGCGCGUAUGGGAAGACGCGUGACGAAUGCGAGUCUUGUGGCUCAGGUAGCCUAGACAUGUCUCCUGGCCUGUUUGAAGAACUAAGCACACUCGACACCGGUGAAAUCCCAAUUUCAUGGCACUUUAUGAGUAAGGACUGGUCGCCUUAACUGCGCGCCAUCCUGUAUUACAAAUCUUACUUCGGGUACAUGAUUUCCUUACGGUUUCCAUCACGACUCUUUAGAUUAUAGACGACAAAUCCUCCUCGUCAGGAAGGGGAUCAAGAUUCAGGAUCUUUUGUAUCAUUUCAUAACGUUUCUGUCGCGCUCUAUCACUUACAGUAAAUGCCAGGCCCUAGAAGCCUAAGUAUACCACUUUUCUUGACCGCAGUAUGCGCUCCGUGUUGUUUUUAGUAAUCCGAUUGGCAUCUGAUCUUAUUAUUAGCACCCA